AUGUGGGUGAAGAACGCGCACCUGAGGGCGCUCCCCGGCGCGGUGGAGAGGCUGGCGCUGUGCAAGGCCGACCUGCUCGACUACGACGCGCUGUCGUCGGCCGUCGCCGGCUGCCACGACGUCUUCCACACCGCGUCGCCCGGAUCCGAUCUGAUCAUUAUAGUAGAAUAUGGAACAAAGAAGAACGUCAAAGAUGAUGACGUACAGACUCCACAACAAGUCAUAAGUCUGUACAUCGAAUUAAUGCGGCACGAAGAAUAUGGCAAACAUAGAGAAGGUCGAAAUGUAUAUUUGGAGAACUCAUGGUGGUCUCAAAUUCUAAAAGCUAAUGGAGAGCAAGACCCUGAAGAUUUAGGGAUUAAAAGACAAGCCGCGGUUGAAUCAAGGGUAAAGGAUUAUUUAAAAGCUGAUAUGGUGUUCCUACCCAUCAAUAUUCCACUGUGUCACUGGUACCUCGCAGUCGUGAAUACUUUAAAACGGAAGAUACAAGUAUUGGACUCUUUUGGAAUGGAGAUGAUGGACUCUAUUGGAAUGCAAAUGAUAGAAUGUGUAGAUGUUCGAAACACGGUAAUUCCUACAUGA